AUGUGCGUCGUGUUCCACUUCCCCUCUAAUGACGGCAUGUUGGUGGAUGAAAGCGGACCUGCUUGUUUGUUCCACAUCCCCUCUAAUGACGGCAUGAUGGUGGAUGAAAGCGGACCUGCUUGUUUGUUCCACAUCCCCUCUAAUGACGGCAUGAUGGUGGAUGAAAGAGGACCUGUUUGUUUGUUUCACAUCCCCUCUAAUGACGGCAUGAUGGUGGAUGAAAGAGGACCUGUUUGUUUGUUUCACAUCCCCUCUAAUGACGGCAUGAUGGUGGAUGAAAGCGGACCUGCUUGUUUGUUCCACAUCCCCUCUAAUGACGGCAUGUUGAUGGAUGAAAGCGGACCUGCUUGUUUGUUCCACAUCCCCUCUAAUGACGGCAUGAUGGUGGAUGAAAGCGGACCUGCUUGUUUGUUCCACAUCCCCUCUAAUGACGGCAUGAUGGUGGAUGAAAGCGGACCUGCUUGUUUGUUCCACAUCCCCUCUAAUGACGGCAUAAUGGUGGAUGAAAGCGGACCUGCUUGUUUGUUCCACAUCCCCUCUAAUGACGGCAUGUUGAUGGAUGAAAGCGGACCUGCUUGUUUGUUCCACAUCCCCUCUAAUGACGGCAUGUUGAUGGAUGAAAGCGGACCUGCUUGUUUGUUCCACAUCCCCUCUAAUGACGGCAUGUUGAUGGAUGAAAGCGGACCUGCUUGUUUGUUCCACAUCCCCUCUAAUGACGGCAUGAUGGUGGAUGAAAGCGGACCUGUUUGUUUGUUCCACAUCCCCUCUAAUGACGGCAUGUUGGUGGAUGAAAGCGGACCUGCUUGUUUGUUUCACAUCCCCUCUAAUGACGGCAUGUUGGUGGAUGAAAGCGGACCUGCUUGUUUGUUUCACAUCCCCUCUAAUGACGGCAUGAUGGUGGAUGAAAGCGGACCUGCUUGUUUGUUCCACAUCCCCUCUAAUGACGGCAUGAUGGUGGAUGAAAGCGGACCUGUUUGUUUGUUCCACAUCCCCUCUAAUGACGGCAUGUUGGUGGAUGAAAGCGGACCUGCUUGUUUGUUCCACAUCCCCUCUAAUGACGGCAUGAUGGUGGAUGAAAGCGGACCGGCUUGUGUUUCACAUCCCCUCAAAUGA